AUGAAACGGGCUGCGCAGGAACUGUGCAGACAUGCUCACGUCAACCAUCUUUCCAGAUGUAGGGUCUUCUCGUCCAUGCCUGGCAAAGCACAAGAAGCCCCUUCCAAGCAGCAACUACGAACGCAUGCGUUGCAGAGCGCUGUUCCGAUGAUAGGAUUUGGAAUUGUGGAUUGCGUGGUGAUGACGCAAGUUGGUUCAACCAUGGAUGCCGUGUUAGGUGCAAGGCUUGGCAUCUCUUCCAUAACCGCAGCGGCCAUUGGUUUGUUUUGCAGCGAUUCGUGUGGUGUUUUGUUCGGAGGGACCAUCGAGUCCUUCGCUGGGCGGCUAGGCCUUCCCAGCGCAAACUUGACUUCUGAGCAAUUGGAGAUGCCUGAAACCAAACGAAUGGGAACCCUGGGACGCUUAGUUGGCGUGCAGCUGGGCGUCCUGCUUGGCAGCACUACAUUGCUUUUGCAAGGCAAGCCGCCUGAGAAAUUGCCCCAGGUUGAGGACGAGAACGCUGCGACAUCCACUACGGAUCUGCCCCUCCAAGAUAUGCCUCCCAAUGUAGCUUCCACAGCCGCAGCUGUAAAAACGGCAGAUGUCGUCGUCUUCGCGCGGCCUGGCUGCCCCUUUUGCGAGGAAGCGGAGAACCAAUUGCUUGACGAGGGCGUGGCAUUCAACAAGGUACCACACGCUGUGCAUCGUGCGAAUUUGCUUGAAAUGACCUCCUCACCAGCAGCCCCUUCCAUCUGGGUGAAAGGCAGGUAUAUUGGCAACAAAUACCAGCCAGGAUUCUUUGCCAGAGAGGCACCGACGCAGUGA